UGAUAAGUUAAAUAAAAGUGAUAUUCAGUCGUUCCUAAGGCUUCGAACGGUGCACUCGCGUGUCACUAUUGCGCAAAUUUUCUAAAAUUGCUGCCGUGCAAUGCAAUUAAUGUAAACAUAUUGUUCUAAUUCGCAUUUAAGUUGACCUCGCACUAUUUUGGCUCUCUCGCUGCCAUAAUAUCCCCUCCCUACAGCAAAUCAAAGUUAAUGGUCAUGUGAAAGCAAACCAGUCGAACGAGAAAUUCGCACGUUAUUGCCAAAAGCAAAGAAUUCAAAAGAGUCAUGCUAAAUUUAGAUAAAACCGAUGAGCUGGAAACACCUUCAACGUCGGAUGUGCCGCCACCGGCGAGCGAGGAGUACGUACGUCUGCUGGGCGAGCAAAGCAGAGCACCAGCUGCAAAGUUGGAGCGCCCCUACAGCGCACCGUUGGCGGCAUUUGAUAUGGAAUUAGUGCAACGUAUUGGUUUAAAGGGAAAACUAAAGGCUGGCAAUAGUGUCUGGGAGGAGGAGGAUGAGAGUGAACUAGAAUGCACAGCAUCGGAAGCGACAUCACGUUUUAUGGACGUGGAGAGAGACGGCGAUGCUGGGAAGUCCAAAGUGUCGUCGAGUGAAUCACUCUCAUUGCAUGAAAAGCGCGCGAGAUUCGCUGAGAGCAGUAGCUCCACCUUACAACUGCCUGAAGCUGCCGGGCAGCUGCCCAACGGCAAGUGCUGUGAGCAUAAAAACAAAGGACUUAAUCAUACUGCUCCACUAAUGCCAAUGACUGAACCUACGGAAUUGCCGGAUAGCUACGAUGAGCGGGAAUGCAGCUGCCCACGUGAAUUUUACCAAAGACCAGAGCUCAAUACUUCGCUUUUCUUUGAUGACUGCACGCGUUCCAUUGAUUUUGUGCUGGCCUACAAGAUCAAUGCGAACGAGCUGCUGGAAUCGGAUAAUGCAGAAAAGCGACGCGUGUUUCAAGAGAAUCUAAUACAUCAAGGACUGGAGGUGGAGCUUAGUAAAAAGGAGCAAAUCUACUUUUUAAAGAUACAUGCACCAUUGGAGGUGCUGCGUCGUUAUGCUGAGAUACUUAAGCUGCGUAUGCCCAUGAAGGAGUCUUUUUGUCAUAUGCGCGUACAUGAAAGAUCACGUCGUCUACACAAUGCAGCGCAAUAUUUGUCCAAGAAGGUCUGCCAAACAGUUCAGAUACCUGGCCUAUCUGUAGUUAAUCGUUCUACAAAGAGUGUUUAUUCUAGUCUCAAAGGAAUUUUUCAAUUCUUUCUGCGCAAUGUUUAUAUUGAUGAAAACUACUUUCCCAAGCGUGCGCAUCGCUUUACGGCCAUCUACAGUCGUGACAAGGAAUAUCUCUUUGACAUACGCCAGGACUGUUUCUUUACGACUGCAGUGCGUUCGCGUAUUGUGGAAUUCAUAUUGGAUCGUCAGCGCUUUCCUGCUAAACGUCACAGUGACAUGGCCUUUGGCAUUGAGCGUUUAAUAUCAGAGGGUGCUUAUGCUGCUGCCUAUCCACUGCAUGAUGGUGAAAUAACAGAAGUGGGCACUACGCGUGAGCUGCUCUACUCCAACUGGGCAUCGGUGCGUAAAUGGUAUCGCUAUCAGCCACUGGAUGACGUUAAAGAGUACUUUGGCGUCAAGAUCGGACUCUACUUUGCUUGGCUGGGCUAUUACACAUACAUGUUGCUGUUAGCUUCUAUAGUGGGUGUCGCCUGCUUUAUAUACUCCUGGGUCACACUCAAGAACUAUGUGCCUGUUCAAGAUAUUUGCUUGCGGCCCAAUACAAAUAUAACCAUGUGCCCGCUAUGCGAUUGGUGUGAAUUUUGGAAUCUUAGAGAAACUUGCAUAUAUGCCAAAAUUACAUACCUAAUCGAUAAUCCAAGCACAAUAUUCUUUGCUGUAUUUAUGUCCUUUUGGGCUGCACUAUUCCUGGAGCUUUGGAAACGUUAUUCAGCAGAAAUAACACAUCGCUGGGAUUUAACAGGCUUCGAUUUACACGAGGAGCACCCUAGGCCACAGUAUUUGGCGCGUUUGGAGCACAUUGAGCCCACACGCACCGACUACGUGACCAAUAUGAAAGAGCCCACAGUUCCCUUUUGGCGCAUGAAGCUGCCGGCAACGGUGUUUAGCUUCUCUGUGGUAGUGCUGCUGAUAGCUUUGGCCUUUGUGGCGCUCAUUGCGGUUGUUGUGCAUCGCAUGUCUGUGCUGGCUGCUUUAAAAGUGGACGGCAGCAACAUGACCACAUCAAAAGCUAUGAUCUUGGCCACUGCCUCAGCGGCGUUUGUUAAUCUAUGCUUUCUAUAUAUUCUGAAUUAUCUUUACAAUCACUUGGCGGAGUAUCUUACCGAGAUGGAAAUGUGGCGCACGCAAACUCAGUUCGACGAUUCGUUAACGCUUAAGAUUUAUCUGCUGCAGUUUGUCAACUAUUAUGCUUCAAUAUUCUAUAUAGCGUUCUUCAAGGGCAAAUUUGUAGGUCGUCCAGGCGAAUAUAAUGAAGUCUUCCACUAUCGUCAGGAAGAGUGCUCUUCUGGCGGGUGUCUCACCGAACUUUGCAUACAGCUGGCCAUCAUUAUGAUAGGCAAGCAAGCAUUUAAUACUAUACUGGAAGUUUAUCUACCCAUGUUUUGGCGCAGAGUAUUGGCUAUCCAAGUGGGCCUCUCGCGUUUGUUUGGCAACGCGGCUAAGGCAGACAAGUCUAAGGAUGAGCGUUGGAUGCGAGAUUUCAAGCUGCUGGACUGGGGCGCACGCAGCUUGUUUCCUGAAUAUUUAGAAAUGGUUUUACAAUAUGGUUUUGUAACCAUUUUUGUUGCUGCUUUUCCGCUUGCGCCACUAUUUGCGCUGCUCAAUAAUAUACUGGAAAUGCGACUAGAUGCCAAGAAACUGUUGACACAUCAUAAGCGUCCAGUGUCCCAACGUGUGCGUGAUAUAGGCGUUUGGUAUCGCAUACUCGACUGCAUAGGCAAACUAAGUGUUAUAACGAAUGGUUUUAUUAUUGCGUUUACUUCGGACUUGAUACCGCGUUUGGUUUAUCGCUAUAGACACAAUGGCAGUUUAGUUGGUUAUUUAGAUUCUACGUUGUCAGAAUUUCUUAUUGUAGACUCGCCCAAGCUGCAUAGCCUUGCAGGAGAUAACACCAACAUUACCACAUGCAGAUACGCCGACUUUCGUGAGCCGCCCUCAUCGACUGAAAAAUAUCACCUCACCAGAGAUUUCUAUAUAAUUUUAGCCUGUCGCUUGGCUUUUAUUGUAGUUUUUGAAAACUUUGUGGCGCUGGUGAUGAUUUUCGUGCGUUGGUGCAUACCCGACAUGAGCGUGGAGCUGCGUGAUCAAAUCAAACGCGAAGUCUACAUAACCAAUGAGAUUAUUAUUGAACAAGAGGCAAAACGUGCGCGUUUCGCGCGUAUUAGACGCAGUCAAUCCAUGGCCCACAAUCAUAGCCAACAGGAUUUGGAUGCUGCAUCUGUGGAUGAGCCGAAUACAAAGUUUAUAAAAAUUGAAAAGCUGCUCAAUGCAAAUCUGUCACAAAUUGAAAUGGACUCAGUUAUACACGGAGAAAAUACAAACACAGGACUCUCGGGUGCAAGUUGUUAGUGAUAAAUCACACAUAUGCUUUAUUUUAAUGUGCUUUACUUUACUAGUUGAAUCUUUCGUUUAGCUUUAAUUUUAAUUAUGAAAACAACAGCUUAAUUGUGUUAUGCCAAGUUCCUUUAUGAGAAAACUUAAUUAGUUUUAUUAAUUGUUAAACAUUAUGUGCAUAUAUUAUAAAAUAUAUAGUGUAGCUUCAAUGCACAAAUUCUCAAGUUAGCCCAAUGUGUGCCAAGUUGAAGCACAACAUAUAGUUAAUCUGAAGAUCAUACUCAUGCAAACUAUCAUGUCAAUAUUAAAAUUAAAAUCUCACCUAUUUAUACUGAAACUCAGGCUCUCUCUCAAAAAGCAAACAUGGGAAACUUAUUUACUCUUUGGUAUCAAAUACAACUAUUUAUAAUGUCUAGCAUAAAUUUAUACAAUUCACAAUGUUUCAUGAAAUGAAUCUAAAUAUAUUUGAAUUUAAAGCCAAACAUAA